AAACAACAUAAUUAACGUAAAUUUUAUUUAGAGCGCAAAAUAAUAGUCUUUUAAGGGGUUACUAAUUUUCUUCCCUUUAAAUGUCCUACAAUGUUUUUAAUAAUUUAAAACUUGGGACUCUUAAGUUGGCUACAUCAUACAUCUUAAAAAAACAAGUGCCACCAACUUUUUAGUAAGAACUCAAAACUGAAUUGUAAAAUUACUAGUGAAAAUAAAUUUGGUUAAAAUUUGUUACAUUGUCAUAUUUAUUAAUUAGAAGAACGACCAACGUCCUUUUUUGAAAUUGAAAUGCUUUUUAACUGAAAAUAUAAUUAAAAAUUAUGGCAAAUAUUGCAGCACAGAGAAUAAAGAGGGAAUUCAAAGAGGUUAUUAAAAGUGAAGAGGUAGCAAAAUGUGCCAUUAAAUUGGAACUUGUUAAUGACAGCUUUACAGAAUUAAAAGGAGAGAUUGCUGGACCCCCUGACACUCCAUAUGAGGGUGGAAACUUUGUUUUAGAAAUAAAAGUUCCAGAAACAUAUCCUUUUAAUCCACCUAAAGUACGUUUUGUAACCAAGAUAUGGCACCCCAAUAUAUCUUCAGUGACUGGGGCAAUUUGUUUAGACAUCCUGAAAGAUCAAUGGGCUGCUGCAAUGACAUUAAGAACGGUUCUGUUGUCAUUGCAAGCUCUACUUUCAGCAGCUGAACCGGAUGAUCCUCAAGAUGCUGUAGUAGCUAAACAGUAUAAAGAAAACCUAGAAAUGUUCGAAUCCACGGCACGCCAUUGGACAAAUAUUUAUGCAGGAGGUCCUGAUUUAAAUAAAGAUUUUAACGAUAAAAUAAGGAAAUUAGUCGAAAUGGGAGUAGAAGAACAUCAAGCAAGAGUAGCCCUUUCAUCAUACAAUUGGGAUCUAGAACGAGCCACUGAACAGUUGUUUAGUUAGUGAAGUAGCGCUCUUGUACUCUGUUAAAUUCAUUGCCACAGUAUGCACCAAGUAAGCCCAGUUUGUUUUAUAAAGGACUCUUAAUAAUGAUGGAAUGUCGUUAUAUGUUACAAUUUAAUAUUAUUUUUGAUUUUUGGGAAGAGGGAUCUGCAGAUCUUGUUUCAUUUUUACAAAAAAAAAAUUAAAAUAAAGCCAAUUAUUAACGAGUUUCUGAAUGUGCAUAGUCUCAAUCAAGAUCAUUUAAUCUUCCAUGAUUUUUGGGCAUGUAGGCUAAGGUGAACAGUACUGUUUUAUAUUUCAAGUGAUAAUAACCAAAAAAAGGAAAAAAUAAACUAUGCCGUUUGUAUACA